AGUCAUCUUUAAAUAUUCCGUAUCGGUAUAAAACAUACAUAUUACAAUUUCACCACUGUCAUUGUAAUUCAUAUAAAUUUCUGAGCGGUUGAUGAAAUUUUACGGGAGAAAGUUAUUUGAAUUUCGUAAGUGAAUAUAAAAACAGGAAUUCUUAACAAGUGUUUAUUAGUGAAAUAUGGCUGACUUACCCAAUGUUUUGCAACAGCUUUUCAGCUAUAUCAACUCCAACAAGGAAGAAUAUAUUACUGCGUUGAAGGUUGCUGUUGCCAUACAAUCGGUAUCAGCGUGGCCUGAUAAGCGCAAUGAAAUACAAGCUAUGGUGCGGUUGGUUGCUGAUAAGUUGAGAAGCCUCGGUGCUGAUGUUGAAUUGGCUGAUAUUGGUAGACAGCGGUUAACGAAUGGUAAAGAAAUAGCCCUGCCGAAUGUGAUUUUAGGAACUCUAGGAAAGGAUCCAAAAAAGAAGACAAUUGUAGUUUACGGUCAUUUGGACGUACAACCAGCUUUGAAAGAAGAUGGUUGGAAUACGGAGCCUUUUGAUCUGACCGAAAUCGAUGGAAAGUUGUAUGGCCGUGGUGCAAGUGAUGACAAAGGACCUGUUUUAUGUUGGCUACAUGCCAUUGAGGCAUUCCAAAAACUAAAUAUUGACUUACCCGUCAACAUAAAAUUUGUUUUCGAAGGAAUGGAAGAAAGUGGUAGUGAGGGUCUGGAUGAUCUUUUGCUAGCUCGUAAAAACGGGUUUUUGUCAAAUAUCGAUUAUGUUUGUAUAUCUGAUAAUUAUUGGCUUGGGAAGAAACGACCAUGUUUAACCUAUGGUCUUCGUGGCUUAGUUUAUUAUACUAUUGAAGUAGAGUGUGCUGUUAAAGAUUUACAUAGUGGUGUAUUUGGUGGCACUGUGCAUGAAGCAAUGCCAGAUCUUUGCUAUCUUCUCAGUGUACUUGUAGACAAGGAUACCAACAUUCUCAUUCCCGGCAUUGAUAGAGAUGUUGCACCUCUUUUGCAUAAUGAAAUGGAAAUUUAUCAGAAUAUUGAUUAUGAAGUUGAAGAUUACAA